ACCUCAUUAACCAAAACCUCUCUCCCUCUCCCUCCACCUGACUCUCUUCUCACCCCAGCCCCGCUCUCUCCUCCCGACUCUCUCUCUUCGCAGCUUCUUCCUCCGAAUCGAAGCUGUCGGCGUCGAUCAGCAGCUAACACCGCCUUAACUCUGCCCAUCAGCUUCACGUAGCGUUUGAUGCCUUUCAUUUGAUCCCAACCCGGAUCCUGCAGAAGAGGAAGAAGAUCCCAACCCAAUGGCAGCAGCUGUUGUCGCUUCGGCUCCUGGCAAGGUCUUGAUUACGGGUGGUUACCUCGUCUUGGAUAGACCAAAUGCAGGGCUUGUUCUUAGCACCAAUGCUCGGUUCUAUGCCAUCGUGAAGCCUCUCUACGAUGAAAUCAAACCUGACAGCUGGGCUUGGUCUUGGACUGAUGUGAAGUUGACUUCGCCUCAACUGUCCAGAGAAAGCAUGUACAAGCUGUCACUAAAGCAGCUCACUCUCCAGCCAAUCUCUUCAAGUGAAUCAAGGAAUCCUUUUGUGGAACAAGCUGUACAGUAUGCUGUUGCAGCUGCUCAUGCAAAAUUCAACGAGAACAAGAAAGAUGCACUUCACAAACUACUCUUGCAGGGCCUUGACAUCACAAUCUUGGGUUGCAAUGACUUCUAUUCUUAUCGGAAUCAUAUUGAAGCAAAAGGACUUCCUUUGACACCCGAUACAUUGGCUGCACUUCCUCCUUUUGCAUCAAUUACCUUCAAUGCCGAGGAAUCAAACGGAGAAAACUGCAAGCCUGAAGUUGCGAAAACUGGGCUAGGUUCAUCUGCAGCAAUGACUGCAGCUGUAGUUGCUGCUCUACUUCAUUACCUUGGAGUUGUGGAUCUCUCCUCAUUACAAUCCCUAGGAAACAAGGAAUCCGUUGAUCUCGAUACAGUCCAUAUGAUCGCUCAAACAGCUCACUGCAUUGCACAAGGGAAAGUCGGAAGUGGGUUUGAUGUCAGUUCUGCAGUUUAUGGGAGUCAGAGAUAUGUCCGGUUUUCACCGCAUGUGAUUUCAUCUGCUCAGGUUGCUAUAGAAGGAAUGCCACUGCAAGAUAUUAUCGUCGACAUCUUAAAUGGAAAGUGGGAUCAUGAGAUUACUCAGUUUUCGCUGCCACCGCUCAUGACUCUCUUACUGGGAGAACCUGGGACGGGAGGAUCGUCCACACCCUCAAUGGUUGGCGCUGUGAAGAAGUGGCAGAAAUUGAAUCCUCAGAAUUCCCUUGAGACAUGGAAAAAGUUGUCGGAGGCAAAUUCUAUUCUUGAGAAGCAAUUUAAUUUAUUGAGCAAAUUAGCUGAAGAGCAGUGGGAUGUAUACAAGCACGUAAUAGACAGCUGCAGCCGGCUUAAAGCAGAGAAGUGGCUUGAGCUUGCUAAGGAACCCAAGGACGAAGCUGUCGUUAAAGCUCUCUCAGGAGCAAGACGUGCUAUGCUCUCGAUUAGACAUUAUAUGUGGCUGAUGGGAGAGGCUGCAGGUGUUCCUAUCGAACCCGAAACACAAACACGGCUUUUGGAUGCCACGAUGGGAAUGGAAGGAGUUCUACUAGCUGGAGUCCCUGGGGCUGGCGGGUUCGAUGCAGUCUUCGCUGUGACCUUAGGAGAGUCGAAGCACAACUUGACUAAAGCAUGGAGUUCGCUCAAUGUUUUGGCAUUACUAGUCGGAGAAGAUCCAAGAGGAGUCUCUUUAGAAUCUGCGGAUCCAAGAACCCAGGAAAUCACAUCGAAGGUCUCAUCUAUUCAUAUCAAAUAGAGUUUCUCUUUAUUGUACAUGAAAAUCAGCACUGAAAUUUAGUAAUGCUAGCUGUAAUUUGUCUGGCAGUGGGAUCAUUUCCAUGUGUUAAAGGCUCAUCAGAUGGAAGAAUAUUGACUUCCACUGGGAAAAACUUGUCCCUUUCGUGUUGUAAUUGAAUUCUGUGAAAAUAAUAAGAUCCAAAGUUUACAUUCUGCAGUU